AUGGUCAUCAGCACGGACCCUGUCGGCGAGGGUCCUAGCUCACUUGAGGAGUACAACGUCAACGUGCUGUGGCCGCUUAAAGAGGAAGAUGCCACGAUCGUUCAACAAACGACAAAGAACAAUUACCAGCACUCGAUGCAACGCAAAGAGGGCCGUCGUUUGGGCAUUCCGUCCAUCACUGCUAUAGACGCUGUCCACGGGCUGAAUACCAUCGGCCACGCCACCAUCUUCCCCCACAACAUCGGCCUGGGAUGCGCCAGCGAUCCAGACCUCAUGCGACGAAUCGGUACAGGCCGCGAGAAACACAGAGAUGCGUGGAUCACAGUCUCUAUCCGCGUGCUUUUAGGUCGUGUGACUGCUCUAGAGCUCCGCGCGGUGGGCUUCGCGUGGAUCUUGGCCCCUGUCACCGCGGUGUCCACCGACUACAGGUGGGGCAGAACUUAUGAGAGCUUUUCGGAGAACGGAACCGUAACGGCUAACCUCGUUGAGGUGCAGAUACACACAGUCGAAAGCGCAUAUGCAAAGUCUCUACACAUGAUCGAUGGCUCAGGCGUACAUAAACGGUCUGCAAGAGGGCGCGGGAACCGGCACUGGUGUGGCAGCUAUGUGCAAGCAUUUCCUGGGUGACGGAGGGACACUCGGCGGUGUAGUCGACGGUGACACCGAAAUGGGGGAGGACGAAUUGAUCGGAGUCCACUUCAGACCCUUCAUAGGGUGCUUCAAAGCGAGUAUGUACACAAGUACUGUUUGGCCAAUCCAUAUGUGCCUGCCUCUGCCUGAUAGAGGUGAUGAGCACGAUGCCUUCAUUCAACGAGAUCAACGGCAUAGAGAUGCACCAGCACUACCACUACCUGACGGAGAUCCUCAAGGGCCACUUCGGCUUCGAUGGGGUCGUCAUGAGCGACUGGAACGCGCACGCUGACAUACCUUCUUGCACGUUGGACAGCUGCCCACAAGGCAUCAACGCGGGCGUACAGCACGCAUCCUCCUGUCUCACACACGCACUCAUUGUAACUCCCUACUUGACACCUUUAUCAGAUUGACAUGUUUCUCCUCUCCACGGUGGGUGGCGAUCACUACUCCAAGUUUAUCGAGAAAACCCUCCAGGCUGUCAGAAAUGGCACCGUACCGCAGUCGCGCAUCGACGACGCCGCCAGACGUGUGUUGCGUCUUAAGGCCCGGCUAGGCAUGAUCGGACCUGGUGUCAACGCACUGGACAGAAUAGGCGACGUCAACAUCACCGCCAUCGGCAGCCCAGAGCACACGGCCGUCGCCAGGGAAGCCGUACAAAAGUCGGCGGUGCUGCUCAAGGUGAGAGGAGAAAGAUCAGAGAGCAAGUCUUAAGUGUUUCGGUACGUGGCAUUUGAGCAGAACAAUGGCGGUGUGUUGCCGCUGAAGCCACGGGCCGGCAUGAGGGUGUUGGUGAUGGGCAAGGCGCGAUGGACCUAUCUCGCGUGUGGGGGAUGGACCAUGGCGUGGCAGGGACAGGGUGAGCUCAAAACGCGAGUAACGAGUCUGUCCUGGAUCAUGCUUGCUGUCAUUCCCCCCUAUCCAGUCAACGACGACGUUUUCGAUAGGGUGGACAAUUCUGCAAGCCUCUUGGAGGCCCUCCAGGAGCACAGCAACAGUAAUAACUACACGGUGGUUGACGACGAGGAAGGCAAAGGCCUGCUGAACAGCGACUACGACGUCAUUGUUCACGUCAUGGCCGAAGACCCCUACGCCGAGGUCUAUGGCGACCUGGAUGAUGGAGAAAGCCUCAUGCACCACCGAAACGAGUACGCACACAUUCUUCGCCAUGUAGCGGUUGAUGAGUCGUAUUCUGGGAUGCAUGUGGCACAGGUCCAGAUCCGGCAGGCAUACGUACCCAGAGGACUUCAUCCGCCUGAAACAUGCACGCGACAACGCACCCACGACCCCAAUUAUUACCAUUUUGUACUCAGGGAGGCCGCUGUAUGUCAGCGCAGAGAUAAACCUCUCAGACGCCUUCGUCGCCGCGUGGCUACCAUGCAAACAGGCGGGCCCCGGGCUCACCGAUCUGCUCUUUGGAGAGGUGGACUUCACCGGCCGGUUGUCCAUGACAUGGCCCGCUCACCCAUGCCAGUUCAACAUCCGCAAGGGCGACGGGCAGCAGCCAUUAUUCCCCUACAGCUAUGGCCUCUCUUACGAGGACACGCACCCUCGGAAAGACAUGCCACUUCUUGACGUUAUUGAGCUCGACACGUGUCUCAAUCCGUGCAGUGAUUUAGACGGGGAAGACAUCACCUGGGAGUCGCCCGAUUGCAACUUAGGAAGAUCCUGA